GUAACCAACAUGUUGGGGAAGUACAACAGCGUAUCACUGCUGUUGUUACAUCAGAGCUCAGACUAGUUUCACUUCUCAGGAAGUGAGACUCAGACAGUCGUCGUCACUGAGCGAGAGGUGAAAUGGCGCAGAAAGGAGUUCAGCUGGACCAGGAAACCUUCUCUUGUUCCAUCUGUCUGGAUCUACUGAAGGAUCCGGUGACUACUCCCUGUGGACACAGCUACUGCAUGAACUGUAUUAAAAGCCACUGGGAUGAAGAGGAUUGUAAGAACAGCUACAGCUGCCCUCAGUGCAGGAAGACGUUCACACCGAGGCCUGUCCUGCUGAAAAACACCAUGUUAGCAGUUUUAGUGGAGGAGCUGAAGAAGACUGGACUCCAAGCUGCUCCUGCUGAUCACUGCUAUGCUGGAGCUGAAGAUGUGGCCUGUGAUGUCUGCACCGGGAGAAAACUCAAAGCACACAAGUCCUGUCUGAUCUGUCUGGCUUCUUUCUGUGAGAAACACCUUCAGCCUCAUUAUGAAUCAGAGACAUUCAAGAAACACAAGCUGGUGGAGCCGUCCAAGAAGCUCCAGGAGAACAUCUGCUCUCGUCAUGAUGAGGUGAUGAAGAUGUUCUGCCGUACUGAUCAGCAGCUUAUCUGUUAUCUCUGCUCUGUGGAGGAACAUAAAGGCCACGACACAGUCUCAGCUGCAGCAGAGAGAGCUGAGAGGCAGAGAGAGCUCGAGGGGAGUCGACAAAACAUCCAGCAGAGAAUCCAGGACAGAGAGAAAGAUGUGAAGCUGCUUCAACAGCAGGCGGAGGCCAUCAAUCUCUCUGCUGAUAAAGCAGUGGAGGACAGCGAGAAGAUCUUCACUGAGCUGAUCCGUCUCCUGGAGAAAAGAAGCUCUGAUGUGAAGCAGCAGGUCAGAUCCCAGCAGAAAAGAGAAGUGAGUCGAGUCAAAGAGCUUCAGGAGAAGCUGGAGCAGGAGAUCACUGAGCUGAAGAGGAAAGACGCUGAGCUGAAGAAGCUCUCACACACAGAGGAUCACAACCAGUUUCUACACAACUACCCCUCACUGUCACCACUCAGCCAAUCUACAUCCAGCUUCCAUAUCUGUCCUCUGAGCUGCUUUGAGGACGUGACAGCAGCCGUGUCAGAAGUCAGAGAUAAACUACAGGACGUCCUGAGAGAGAAGUGGACAAACGUCUCACUGACAGGGACUGAAGUGGACGUUUUACUGCCACAACCAGAGCCCAAGACCAGAGCUGGAUUCUUAAAAUAUUCACGUGAAAUCACACUGGAUCCAAACACAGUAAACACACGGCUGUUAUUAUCUGAGGGGAACAGGAAAGCAACAUUGAUGAGUAAAAAACAGUCUUAUUCUAGUCACCCAGACAGAUUCACUGAAGAGUGGCAGGUCCUGAGUAGAGAGAGUCUGACUGGACGUUGUUACUGGGAGGUGGAGAGGAGAGGGAGAGUUUAUGUAGCAGUCGCAUACAAGAAUAUCAGCAGAGCAGGGAGGUCAGAUGAAUGUGGAUUUGGACGAAAUGACAAAUCUUGGGCGUUAGAUUGUAACAACAACAGUUAUACAUUUUGGUCCAACAAUGUCCAAACUCCCGUCUCAGGUCCUGAGUCCUCCAGAGUAGGAGUGUACCUGGAUCACAGUGCAGGUAUUCUGUCCUUCUACAGCGUCUCUGAAACCAUGACUCUCCUCCACAGAGUCCAGACCACAUUCACUCAGCCCCUCUAUGCUGGACUAAUGUUUGAUUGGCCUUUUGGAGACUCUGCUGAGUUGUGUAAACUGAAAUAGACAGAAGUCAUUUAAGGGUUAAAUUCUGUGUUUUAACUCUUCAACUUAUUUAGUCUCCAUGUUUGUUGCUGAGAGCUGAUCGUUGUGGCGUUUCUUCACUGCACAGAGAUCAGCUGUCAAUCAAACAUUAUGGGAUGUCCUUUAACAUGUUUUUUGUUUAAAGAUUAUUUUAAGUUCUGGGUUCUUUACAUAGUUGGUAAUGAAUAUCAGCACACAGCAGCUUUUAGUCAUGUUUCUGUUGUUUGUUAGCAGACAGAAUAAAGAGGAGGAAUCCUUCACGCUAUACAAGUCAACGGAGAACGGAGAGAUACUUAAAUGCGCUCCGUUUCUGUCUAGUGAUGCACCCGUGUUCAGAGUACUUAUGUCUGACACCUUUAACACACUUUUUAUCAUUGUGAGAUCAUUAUACAUUUAAGUUUUAUGACUUUAUGAUUUAGUUUAAUAACUUUCAGUUGUCAGUCAGCUGAUUUUGAACCAGUAAAAGAAGAUUGAAAAGCCUUUGAGUGAGAGUUAAAAGAUCACGUUUUCAGAUGUGUAGCUGGCUUUAACUGAGGCGUCAUUUUAAAUGAGAAAACAAAGUCCAAACUCAAAGUGCCACUCCUCCUACUGGCAUGAAUCAUAGCUUGUUAACCCCUCCCUGUGUUUUAUAAUGACAAUAAAGCUGAGCCUUGAACCUGGAUCCCUUGAUAAGACAGUCACACAUACUGUAAGUCACAGUCAGAGUCAGUCAUCACUGAGAGGUGAAAACCACAGCUGAUCUUACAAAGUAGUACUGUUGCCUGCAGUACAGUCUGCAGACAGUCGGGACAUCAAACUCUGUGAUAACAUCGCAGCUUGAACUUUGAGCCUCUUGCUCUGAUAUGCUGCACAGAGGAUUGUGGGUCAGAAAAGCACGCUGGCUUGCAUACUGCAAAAUUUGACCAGGUGCAUUAGGACAUAUUUUUAUAUUUCUCAUUUAAAGGUUAAAUUCUGUCUCCAUGUUUGUUGCUGAGAGCUGGUCUGUAGUACAAUAUCCCAUUUACAUUCAUUGAGUUAUAGGCCAAAACGCGUCUGCGUUGACUAUAGCGCCCCCUAAUGACCGAUCUUCACCAAAUUUACUACAGAGCCUCAGAGCAGCAUACCAAACAAUCAUCACAAGUGUUAUGUUGAUAGCAUUUUGGUGGCAGAGAAAUUGCAAUUGCAAAUGUUCCAUUUACAUGCAUUGAGUUAUAGGCCAAAACACAUCUUCCUUGAUUAUAGCGCCCCCUAAUGGCUGAUCUUUGACAAAUUUGGUACAGAGCAUCGGAGUGGUAUGUCGAACAAUUAAACCAAUUUUUGCGGUAAUAGCAAUUAAUUUGGCCGAGAUAUACUAAAGUUUGUGUGUGUUGUUACUCAUUUAAUCUCCUUCUUUCCUGUGAUGGUCCUGUCCCAGUAUCAGCCAUAACUACAGCAGAUAACUUCGAAAAUAACAUUAAAAUACAAAUAGGCCUGUGACUUUGCAGGAAAUAUCGUACCCGGGCAGAUGUCUUAAUAAAAACUAUAUAAAACUAGCGUUCUUUUCACUGUUAGUCUCUGUUGCUGUUACAGGUAAUUUAAGAUCAUUGUAUGAAAAAUGAUAGAACUUUAGAAACAUUAAAAAGUUACAUAUAGUCACUUUAAUGAACAGCGUGAUGCUUUAAGUCAAAUAAAAACAGAUAUUGAUUUUGUAAAUAUGGAUGAUGCUCAAAGACUGAGACAGCUGUUCACAUGUGAAACAUAAAUUAGCCAGUUAUCUUUUCACAAAGCCUGAGACAAGGGAAAAAAGCUCUUUACAGAGAUGAUCUGUAGAUAUUAGUUGUUGUUUGUUAUUCAUGUAUUUCUCCACGUAAUGUAUCUGUGGGACAGGAAGAUGUCUGUUAAAUAGCGGUGUCUUGUAAUCCCAUGUGGGACGGGCCAAAUGUUUGGCGUGACCCAGAAAUCAAAUCAAACUAAAAGUGUAUUUAGUUUAUCUUCCACUGCAUGGCUCUGAAGAGAGAAAGCACCAGACCUCCUUUAUCCUACACACUUUGUUCUCUUUGUGGACAUUUGUAAAGAAAUCUAGAUUUACAUUUAUUUGUUUGGCGGACCAAAUGUUGUAAUCAUAAUCAAUAACUCAUUCUUCUCUUUUACAUAGCUGAGAUUCUGGUUCAAACAAAGUGAUUGUGUGGAUGAAGUGAAUGUGUUGAUGAAAUCAUUGAACAAGAGUCUUUGAACAGACUUUACUGAUGGGAUGUGUGAACAAACUGAAGCUUUACAUGAUAAUAAACUAACAUCAACAAA